UUACCAUGGCCGGUACCACAAGGAAAAUGCAGGCCCUGCUCCUCUUGAUGGUGGUUCUCUUGGCUCCUGAAGCCGGAGCUGAGGAGAUUAUCGGUGGUAUGGAGUCCAGGCCACACUCCCGGCCCUACAUGGCCCAUCUGGAAAUCCUCACUGACCGAGGUUUUGUUGCCAGCUGUGGUGGGUUUCUCAUAAGUCAACAGUUUGUGGUGACAGCUGCUCAUUGUGAAGGAAGAAAAAUUACUGUCACUCUUGGUGCUCAUAACUUGACACAGAGAGAACCCACAUGGCAGAGGCUGGAAGUUGCAAAACAAAUUGUUCACCGGAACUAUAACUCCUCUACUAUUCUCAAUGACAUCAUGUUACUGAAGCUGCAAAGGAGAGCCAAGCUGACCCAUGCUGUCGGGACAGUUCCUCUGCCCACCCGGUCUGCCUUUAUUCAGCCUGGGAGAGUGUGCCAGGCAGCUGGCUGGGGGAGAACAGGGGUGAUGAAGCCAGGGUCAGAUGUUCUGAGAGAGGUGAAGCUGAAAAUCAUGAAGAGAAAGGCCUGCAAACACUUUCAGCCUUAUGAUCACAACUUGCAAAUCUGCGUGGGCAACCCCAGGAAGAAGAGAUCAGCAUUCAAGGGAGACUCUGGGGGCCCUCUUCUGUGUGCUGGGGUGGCCCAUGGUAUUGUGUCCUAUGGACGUACCAAUGCAAAGCCACCUGCUGUCUUCACUCGCAUCUCCCCAUAUGUGCCCUGGAUUAAAAGAGUCUUAAAGGGCAAUUAGCUGAGAAGAUGCCCAGCCUGAAGAAGAGUUCCCAAGCAGAACUCUCCCUGGUAGCCGAGAAUUUCAUGGGAGCCUGGUCCCAACCUGAACCCAGGGAGACUCUUGGAGACACUGGUGAUUGUCCCCA